CGGAGCAAAGCAGGCUGGGGCUGCCCACUCCCUGAUGGUUCUGUAAGCUGCUCGAGGGGAGAAACUGAGGCUUUCCCGGUAUUCCGAGGCCUGAGUCACCGGCCCUCAAACACCCGAUGGGGGGGGGGCGGUAAGAGAGGCUCCUUCCUGGACCUUAGCCGGAGGGGGUGUGGUGGGGGUGCAGCUGCAGCCCCCGGCCCUCCCCGCCCACGUCAAGCAUGAUUGACAGGCCGCGGCUGCAGGCGCAGGCCGGCGGGCGCGAGGAGCUGCUGGGCGUCUCCGUGGGUCACGGCAGCCGGCUCGGGCGGCCGGGGCGCGGGCGGGCGCUUCGGCUGAGCCUCUCCCUUCCCCCACACGAUCGACGCGCCAUGGAGCGGGGGCCCACGCGGGAGGGAGGGGAGCCAGGGCCCGUGGAGCCUGCGGAGCCCGGCGUGGGCGGCGGCGGGGAGCCGGGCUCGGGCUCCGGCCUCCCGGGGGCCCCCGUGGCCGUGGCGGCCGUGCUGCCGGCGGGGGGCUGCGGGGAGCGGCUGGGCGGGCCCACUCCCAAGCAGUUCUGCCCCGUGCUCGGGAGGCCGCUCAUCAGCUACACGGUGCAGGCUCUGCAGAGGGUGAGCUGGAUAAAAGACAUCGUAGUGGCUGUGACUGGUGAGAACAUGGACAGGAUGAAGGCCAUAGUCCAGCGGUACCAACAUCAGCGAGUCACCCUGGUUGAAGCUGGCACUACCCGCCACCAGUCCAUUUUCAAUGGGCUGAAGGCCUUGGCAGGAGACCACCCCCAUUGCAAGCUUCCCACCCCCACGGUUGUGAUCAUCCAUGAUGCUGUAAGGCCUUUUGUAGAGGAGGAUGUUCUCUUGAGAGUGGUCACCGCUGCGAAAGAUCACGGGGCAUCGGGAGCAAUCCGACCUCUUGUGUCUACAGUCAUUACUCCAUCUGCAGAUGGUUGUUUGGACCAGUCAUUAGAACGAGCCAAGCACCGAGCCAGUGAAAUGCCACAGGCUUUCCUGUUUGAUGUCAUCUACAGAGCUUAUUGUCAGUGCGGUGCCCACGACAUGGAGUUUGGGACGGAAUGUUUGCAUUUGGCACUCAAGUAUUGCCACACGAAGGCCAAGCUGGUAGAAGGCACUCCAGACUUGUGGAAGGUGACCUAUAGACGAGAUCUGUAUGCUGUGGAAUCCAUAAUCAAAGCUCUUUACUACAAAAAAGGGCAUCUGUCAUCAUCAUCAUCUUCUUCUCCUCCUCCUCCUCGUGCUGCUGCUGCUGGGUUACUACUACUACUGGCAAUAAUAAUAAAUGACUACUACUACAAAUCAACCAUGGCAGACAAGAUUUCACAACAGAUUUGUGUUGUCAUGGACUCAAAAGAAGAUGCUGGAUGCAUAGGUUUUCUUCAAGAACUGCUGAAAAAGGAACUAGAAGUUAAAGGCACAUCUGUAACCCUGUGUCCAAAUGGCCAAGAUCUUCAAAAAAUCUUCCUGGAAGAUUGCUACAAUUUUGUUUGCAUAAAUAUGAUGGACUCUGGUUUUCAACAAACCACGAAGUUGCUGGAUGGGCUUGAAAGCACAACCCCCUCCCUUCUAUAUCCUGCUGCUGUUGUUUCGGUGCAUUUUCUUGAUUCCCAAAAAAUAUCACUUAGUGAAAGAAUGAAAGAACUGAUGGAAAUGAAGGAUUUUGCAAAGGAAGUAAAGAAACGAAAUGUUUUCUUAUAUGGUGUUCUCAUCUGUUUCACACAGGAUAAUCUGCAGCAUCUACAAGACAGCGUCAGGCAGGGUGCCAGCCUCAUCACUUCUCUCAUCAAGGACAGAAAUGCCGGGCUCACUGGGCAGCUGCUGAUAGCCUGAUGUAUGCAGAGAACAAGGGCCUCUCCCCAUCUCUGUCCCUAUGUCUGUGCCCCUCUUGUUUCUCCCCAGCAGAUUGUUCCUUGUUUCUCAAGUGUUGAAGUUAUCUCCUAAAGUUUCAAAUUAGCAUCUAUUUCUAUGCAGUUCAACUCCUGCUAUUUGCUUAUAUACAAGAAGAAUCCUUUAAUUGGAAACUGUAUGACUCCUUCUCAGAUAGUAUCAAUUUGCGGGCCUUUCCUGGGGGAAAAUCCUUCAAAAGAUCUGGAUAACUAUUAGAUCCCAUCAAAUUAAUAGCACAAUACAAAAUCUUUCUCGCAAAGAAGAAUUUAAGAACAAGCAGUAACAAAAUCUUUUGCCACAAUAUUCACAGAUUAGUAAAGCACAUGAUUCUGUGAAUACCUCAGUGCUGAUGGGACUCUGCUUUUUUCUCUUCCAAAUAGUUCUUUGUUUGCAUCCUAGAUGAGGGUCUGCAAUGAUGGUGACAGGCUUGAGUGGUGACAUCCGGCUUCCUUCUGAAGGGAAGACAUGCACCUUUCAGGCAGAGGAGAGAGAAGGAAAUAUACCUGCUGGCGUCAGGAGGCCAUUAGGAUGCCCUGGAACCCCCUGCCCUCUCUUCCCCUGAGCCGGCCAUGACAACUGCUUUCAUUUUAUGCUUUCCUUUCUCUGAAUUAGCUGGAAGUUGAUUCUGACUAUUGAAUGAAUGAAGAUAAAAUAACCACUUUCUAGGCAGUGAACAAAUCUUGCCAUCAAAAAAUAAUAAUAAUAAAAAUCU